AUGGCACAAUUAGAUACAACUCGACCUAUUAUUGUAGAACCUGAUGUUCCUACUUCACCAUAUCCUAUAAAAAUGAAAGGUGAAGUAAUUCAAGGGUUUGCAAAUCUUCAUGAAGCGGCAACAGAAGCUCUUUGUAAGGAUGUAGAAACAGGUAUUUAUUUUGGGUGGGUGCAAGUUGGAAACGAUAACACCGUAUAUCCGAUGGUAAUGAGUUUAGGUUGGAAUCCUUAUUAUAAAAAUGAAAAACGAAGCGCGGAGGUUCAUAUAAUGCAUACAUUCUCUGAAGAUUUUUAUGGAGUGGAAUUGCGUGUAAUCGUAUUAGGUUAUAUUCGUCCAGAACGAGAUUAUAGUACACUUGAUGCUCUAAUUAAAGACAUUAAUAUAGAUAUACAAGUAGCACAUAAUUCACUUGCACGACCUGCAUAUAUCGCUUACAGGAAAGAUCCAUUUUUCUUACAUGAUGGAGAAAUAAAUUAG